AUGGCGUGGGACCACCUCGAUAUAGAUAAGCCACAUCUGGCGUACAUGAUCCUUGGCGGGUUCACAAGUCUCUUCAUGUUGUGCUCCCUGUUUGUGAAGGAAAAGCUCUACAUUGGUGAAGCAACCGUUGCCACGUUGUGUGGUGUUAUUUUCGGACCACACGCCGCAAACCUUUUCAACCCAAUAUCGUGGGGGAAUGUCGACAAACUUACGCUCGAGUGCUCGCGCAUCGUCCUAGUCGUGCAAUGUUUCGCCGUUGGUGUUGAACUGCCCAAGUCCUACAUGGAGAGGCAUUGGCGGUCAGUCGUCAUGCUGCUGCUCCCGAUCAUGACUGCGGGAUGGCUGGUGACUAGUCUUUUUAUCUGGUGGAUGAUUGAGCCGCUGACUUGGCUCGAGAGUCUCAUCUGUGCUGCAUGCGUUACGGCCACCGACCCCGUCUUGGCCUCUUCCGUUGUCGGUAAAGGAAAAUUCGCCAAACGUGUGCCGAAACAUCUCCGAGAUGUGCUCUCCGCGGAAUCUGGAUGCAACGACGGCAUGGCCUUUCCUUUCAUCUAUCUCUCCCUAUACCUGAUGGCCUACCGCAAUGACACCUCUAAGGUGGCCGAGCAUUGGAUAUUAACAACUAUUCUAUACGAGUGCAUCUUUGGUGCCAUAUUCGGUUUCCUUAUUGGCUACGCUGGUCGACAUGCCAUCAGAUUCGCCGAGAAUAAGAAGUUGAUUGACCGAGAGAGUUUCCUUGUCUUCUAUUUCGUUCUCGCUCUCUUCUGCGCUGGUGCUGGUAGUUCACUUGGCAUGGACGACCUUCUUAUCGGUUUCUCUGCUGGUAUCGGUUUCAGUAAUGACGGCUGGUUUACGGAAAAAACUGAAGAAUCCCACGUCUCCAACGUUAUCGACCUAUUGCUCAAUCUUACAUAUUUUGUCUACUUUGGUGCCAUCAUCCCAUGGGAACAGUAUAACCUACCGGACCUAGGCUUGGUUCCAUGGCGCUUGGUCGUCCUUGCGAUCCUCGUCAUCUGCUUUCGCCGAAUACCUGCUAUGCUGAUGAUGAAACCGUUGAUUCCCGACAUUAAGACAUGGCGAGAAGCACUGUUCGCCGGCCACUUCGGCCCCGUUGGCGUUGGCGCCAUCUUCGCCUGUAUUCUAGCUCGAGCUGAACUCGAGAACCACUCAGCGCAGCCACUUGCGGAUAUCCCUCAACCAGGCAGCAAGGACUACCUCAUCAUUUAUGUGAUAUGGCCUAUCACAACGUUUUUAGUCAUCUCUUCCAUUCUUGUCCAUGGAUCAUCUGUAGCUGUUUUCACACUGGGUAAACACAUCAACACAUUGACCCUGACAAUGUCUUACACGCAAGCUCACGAGGAUGGCCCAUCUUGGAUGAACCGUCUUCCCAAAAUCCAGUCUACAUCGAAAAGUUCUCUUUCUAUCCGAAAGGACUCCUGGGAGCUGGAGAAACCAGAGUUCCCCCCUGGAACACUGGGCCCGAUUGGAGUACCUGGUAACCUUCUAAGACGACAAAGGGAUGAUGAUCACUAUAGUGCACCACCUAGUCGUGCCUCAAGUCGGAGACCUAGCCGGCGGCAUAAGCAAGGAGCUGGUGGACCGAUUAGUCAGUCUGCCAUUACUCCACAGCGAAGACCUGAGGGAGAGACGCACGUAAGCAAGCCCCCAACUCCAGAACCAGAGGCGUUGGAGGAUCCGAGAGAACGUCGACAACACUCGGAGGGAGGAAACACAAAUAUGCCAGAAGCCGAAGUUUACCAAGAAGGGAAUGAUUUCAUCGUUGAAGAUGAAGAAGGCAACGUACUUGAACCUGACAAAGUUAUCAAGGGAAAGCCUGGACACAACAAACUCAGCUCUACCGAUGAGGGUGAAACUAUGAGAGGUUUUAUGAAGAAGUUCUCUUCCUGGGCUGGCUUUGGCAAUGCCCAGAAAGAUGAAUCCCAUCCUCAAAUUAAUCGUUCCCGCCGCUCUGCCCGUGCAUACCAGUUCGCUAACACCAUUAUUGUUGAGGAUGAGGACGGAGAAGUUAUUAAGAAGUACACUAUCCCUUCAUCGCCAAAAAAGACAACCGAAACGGGAGCUGAAGCUGAAGAGGACCGCCCGAAACUGUUGCGCCGCCUUACUAAGCUUGGAACUUGGACUGGUGAUGCAGGCAACGAGUCAUCAGAAGCAGCAAAGAAGGCCGAAGAGGAAGAAGAUGCGGGUAUUCGAUUCACAGUACCUGUGUCUGACGACGUUCAACACCACCUGAGAGGUCGCAGAAUGAGUAAACAGGAUUUUAUCAACCAAAUGCAGCAUCUUGGGCCAAAGUCACCUACCGACGGCUCCUCAAAACUAGGUAACAUUUUCCGACGUGACGGCAACCGAGGGCAGGCACAGCCUUACCACGAUACGCCUACCAAAAUACCCGAGGCCCCUCAUGAAGGUGCUGAAGGCGCUCCCUCGCCCCAAGAAAUAUCAGCGAUGCUAUCUCAGUAUACAGCUCCCGAAGGCUCUGCUGCCGAUAGACGACGUCGCAUAUUAUCUGCACCCGGAUCCCUGGCAUCUUCUUUCAGUCGUCAUGACUCUGAGGAUGAUGGCACAGAACGAAUCCCUCCAGCCCAUCGUCGUGCAAUUGCCGCAGGACAGCAAUCACCUAGCUCAAACUCGCCCGCUCUGCCUUCCGGGCGCAAUAGCAAACAUGUUUCUAAGCUUGACAAUGAGAUCGAAACCCCUGCAGAACGGAAACGUCGUCUCGCUGCCCUUGGUGUUCAGCAUGACUCGGAUAGUGAGGAUGAUGGGGAACCCCGUGUAGUUAAGGGUAAGGUACAAUUUGCGGACGGGACGAGGCCAGCAAAGAAGAAAUCGCCUAUGCAGCAGAAUGUCCCAAAGUCCAGUGGCGCUCUCUUACCGGACUCCCCGGCCGCUCCCCCUGCAGUUUAUGCUCCUGAAGACAAUCCUUUCUCUGACAACGGUGCCGUGCCAGGCUCUGCGAGCCGAAGCAUCAAUGAGGCGGGUGGUAACGGGACCGAAACUACUCCUCGAAAUAACUCCAAGAUAUCUUGGGGUGGUGAAAUAGGUCGUUGA